AUGCGUUCUCGACUCACCUUGCUAUCGAUAUGCUCGCUACUGAGCAUAUCGGCGGCAACUCAAGAUCUCUCAAGCAGCGAUUCCGUCAUCGUGAAUGCAAACCACAUUUUCAACACGAUCCACGACUCCUUGCGCCAAUGGGGCUCGUCGCUGCAUCACAACGGCAUGUCCUUCUUUCUUGCGACCGUUCCUGCAGGUACCCAGCUCUACCACGGUACAUCCAAGUCGAGUCCUGUGAUUGGAACCGAGUGGCUCGCUUUUGAACCCGAGCACGCUAUGGUAUUUGCGCGGCCGCAUGGUCCUCCUCCAGGCGGACAUAAUGGUGACGAUGACAAGGAUGGGCAUGGCGGACCACCUUUCCCAGAUGGCGAGAAUAGAAAGGGGCCUGAGGGGCACCGUGCCAAGCCUCUUCGCCUGCUCUACGUCGACGGAAUGUCUGCGGCGAAGACGAAGAAGGGAACCCUUGACUCGCAGGAUGUGCUCUUGUUCAAUGGAACUAUUGAAGAAAAUCGCGGAAUGGGUGGAGAAGGCGACCGUGCGAAGAAAGCCUGUGAAAUGGCCGAAGACGAAUGGGCUGGUCGUAUCGACGGUCUGCUUCGUAUGGAGGCUGGCUUCGAGAUUAUUCUAUGUAAAUUCGAGCGUGACUUGACGCCCAUCCGCAUUAUCCAGGUCAAUUCCUCUGACCAACCUGGCGCAAUGGGUAAAGAUAAACGGCCGCACCCUCCUUCCCGUCGUGAUUAUGAGAACAAGAGAAAGGGUCCUGGAGGUCCACCUGGCGGCCCAGGUGGCCCUGGUGGUGGCCCUGGUGGACCUGGUGGUCAUGGACCUGACUCGUCGCGAUGGAUGCGCGCAGUUGCAGCGCGGUACAAUGGAAUCGGCGCAAACCGCGUUUCCCUGAACUAUGACAAGUUUGUGUCUGCGUUUGCGUACGAGCUAGACCUGUUCCCUGAAAGCACCACUCUCCCUCGUCUGAAACACCUCAACACUUCAGACCUGACUACUAUCCAGAAGGAACUCUCUUCCAUGAUCUUGACUACGGAUGCGACAGAAAUUUCCUGGAACUGGCAGGCUACCACCGAUAUGAUCUUGACGCGGUACAGCGACGAGCUAUCCUAUCUUGCCUCAGGCAAGUUCUUGUCUAUUGAAAGUUUGCAGGAGCAUAUCGAGAUACUUUUGUCCCCGUUCAUUGACUACAGUGCACGAGAUUCGACAGAGGAGGCUGAGCGGUGCGCAACCCAAUUCCUGCCGCUACAGCUCCAAACUGCGCCAACUGUGUCUGCUCGUGCAGUACACGCUGUUGCUCACAAGGUGUGCUCCACACUAUUGGAUGCCGGGGCUGAAAGUGACCUCAAGUCUGCGGUGAAAAGAGUGCAAGCUUUGGUUGAAGAAUUAGACUGGACAACAUGGAAACAGUGCCGUGGCUGCGCAGAUAAUGAGAUCUGCGUGGUGCCUAUUUGGCCCAUGGGAACAGUCUCUGAUUACGAGCACCCGAAAUGCAGGGAUGCGUCAAAUCCAUAUGACUUUGAUGGAGAAGGUUAUUGGGGUGGAUUCCGUCCUUGA